GCAGCCGGCUCCGCGCCACCGGCUGCACCCCGAGCUGCGAACCGGGCCCCAACCGGCGGCAGCCCGAGCCGGGAGGGACCCAUCCUGCUGCGGUCCUGAACGGGGAGCAACCCGCAUCCCGAACCGGGAGAGUCCUGCAUCCCGCAUCCCGACCCGGGAGCAAUCCGCAUCCCGACCCGGGAGAGUCCUGCAUCCCGCAUCUCGACCCGGGAGGAAUCCGCAUCUCGACCCGGGAGAUUCCUACAUGCUGCAUCUUGAACGGGGAGAGACCCGCAUCCCGAACUGGUGGCACCCCGAACAGGGAGAGACCCGCAUUUUGCUCCGGUCCUGAAUCGGGAAGAGACUUGCAUCCUGCAUCCCUCUUUGGUCCUGAACAGGGAGGGACCUGCAUCCUGCUCCCCGCAUCCGGCUUUGGUCCUGAACCAGGAGGGACCUGCAUCCUGCUCCGGUCCAGAACCCUGAAGGACCUGUAUCCUGCUCCCCGCAUCCCGCUUUGGUCCUGAACUGGGAGGGACCUGCAUCCUGCUCCGGUCCAGAACCCUGAAGGACCUGUAUCCUGCUCCCCGCACCCCGCUUUGGUCCUGAACUGGGAGGGACCUGCAUCCUGCUCCCCGCAUCCCGCUUUGGUCCUGAACUGGGAGGGACCUGCAUCCUGCUCCGGUCCAGAACCCUGAAGGACCUGUAUCCUGCUCCCCGCAUCCCGCUUUGGUCCUGAACUAGGAAGGAUCCGCAUUCUACUCUGAUCCCAAACCAAGGGGGACACGCAUCCUGUGCCCUGCUCCAGUCCUGAACCCGGGGAGGACCCAGAUCCCAAACCAGCUGUGCCCAAACUGGUAGAGACCUGCAUCUUGUUCUGGACCUGAACUGGGAAGGACUCACAUCCCGAACCGGCCCUGAACCAGGAGGCACCUGCACCCCAAACCUGUGGAGUGCCUUGACAUGGCCGGAUACCCUGCUUCAGCUGCACCCAGAGACAGCAGGGACCUGUGCCCCGAACCAGCCAUGCACCCCAACCCAACUGCACUCUGAACCAGGAGAUACCAAUGCCCUAAACCAUGCACCCCAAAGCAGCCAUCCCCUGAACUGGAGUUACCCGUGUCCUGAACCAGCCAUACACCCCAGAAUGGCUGCAUUCUGAACCAGGAGGGACCUGCACCCCAAACUAGCUGUGUGCCCCAAACUUGUUGUACCUUGAUCCUGCUGCACCCCAAACCAGGAGGGAUCUGCACUCUGCAGCAUCUGAGCACCCUGAUCCUGCUGCACCCCAAACCAGGAGGGACCUGCGCCCUGCAGCAUCCCUGUGCCUGUUGUGGCUGCGCCGUGGUGCAAUGGAUAACGCUCUGCCACUGGAAGCGGAGCUGGAGCACCAGGAGCUGCUCAACGCCUCCCUGAACGAGUCCUUUGUGAACCAGUUCGUGCAGCCCCCGUGGCAAGUGGCCCUGUGGGCUGUCGCCUACGCCCUCAUUGUGGUGGUGUCGGUGGUGGGGAACGUGGUGGUGAUGUGGAUCAUCCUGGCUCACAAGAGGAUGCGCACCGUCACCAACUACUUCUUGGUGAAUCUGGCUUUCGCCGAAGCCUCCAUGUCUGCCUUCAACACGGUGGUGAACUUCACCUACGCCAUCCACAAUGAGUGGUACUAUGGGCUGCUCUACUGCAAGUUUCACAACUUCUUCCCCAUCGCUGCUGUCUUUGCCAGCAUCUACUCCAUGACAGCCAUCGCUCUGGACAGGUACAUGGCUAUCAUCCACCCGCUGCAACCCCGGCUCUCGGCCACCGCCACCAAGGUGGUCAUUGGUGUCAUCUGGCUCCUGGCUUUCCUGCUGGCGUUCCCCCAGGGUUACUACUCGGUGAUGGAGGAGCUGCCGGGGCGGCUGGUGUGUCUGGUGGAGUGGCCGGAGCACAGCACCAACCUCUAUGGGAAAACGUAUCACUUCUGCAUGACCAUCCUGAUCUACUUCUUGCCACUUCUGGUGAUAGGAUGUGCCUACACCGUGGUCGGUAUCACCCUCUGGGCAAGCGAGAUACCCGGUGACUCCUCUGACCGCUACCACGAGCAGGUCUCAGCCAAGCGGAAGGUAGUGAAGAUGAUGAUCAUCGUGGUCUGCACGUUCGCGCUGUGCUGGCUGCCCUACCACAUCUACUUCACCCUGCAGUAUUUCAACCCCGAGUGGUACCUGCAGAAGUUCAUCCAGCAGGUCUACCUGGCUAUCAUGUGGCUGGCCAUGAGCUCCACCAUGUACAACCCCAUCAUCUACUGCUGCCUCAAUGAUAGGUUUCGUGUGGGGUUCAAACACGCAUUUCGGUGGUGCCCGUUCGUCAGCGCCAGUGAGUACGAGGGCCUGGAGAUGAAGUCAGCCAGGUUCCUGCAGACACAGAGCAGCAUGUACAAGGUGAGCCGCAUCGAGACCACCGUGUCCUCGGCGGUUGGAGCGGCUGAAGAGGAGCUGGAGGAGAGCAGCAAGGCCAAGCGUCUCUCCAUAGACAUGACCUCCAACGGCUCCUCCCGCAGCGACUCCAAAACCGUCUCUGAAAGCUUCAGCUUCUACUCCAACACGCUCACCUAAGCAGCUCCCCGGCUCCAUCAGCCACUCACAAGGGUGCCGCAUCCCUGGGAUGCUCCAGUGCUCAACCCACCCAGAGUCAUCACCCAGUUUGUGAUGUGCUGGCUUUUCUCUGUGCUGUUUUACUGUCUCUUGCCAUGGCUGUCGUUUGCCACCCUUGGGCGAGCCCAAGAGCUUUGGAUUAGCUUCAUGUGCUCCACUGUGGCUCAUGUUCCAAGACAAGGGAGGUUUGGCUGGCCUCUGCCUUGCUUGCUGCCUGUCCAACCACCGCAGGACGCGGAACUGGGACAGAGAUGGGUUUUCCUCCUGAACCAUAAGUACAACACUGGCAGGUCUUUCCCUGCUCUCUGCGAGGCAGUAGGGAUCUCCCAGGGCAUCCCACCCACAGGAAAAUGAACCAGGCUUGCACUUUCCUCCUCCCACCUUUAAUUUCAUCCUCCCUGCUGAAUACCCAGAGGGGUAUUCAAGUAAAUCUGCCCAAAAAUGCUGUUUGCAGCUUCAGGAGCCUGCACAUCCACAGGACACCACUGUCCACUCGGUGCGUCAACUCUGAUCCAGGCAAUCCUGCACAGUCCCAGCCCAUCUCCAGCACCCACAUCCCUCUGCAUGACGCUCUUCUGCUGCCACUCCACACACAGAGCUCAUUGAAACAGGGAUCUCAAAAAGGAUUUCUGACUUGAGCCAGACUUUGUUUGCCAUUAAUCAACCAUAUGUGCCAAAAGCAAACACUGUGAUGUCCUGAAAGGCCCAAGGCAAUGCCUCUUGGAUGGAUUUUGGAAGCCUGUGGAGGGCUGGAGAAGAAAAGAGUGACCAUAUCAAAAUGCUUUUCACCACCUGGAGAUGUCUAGAGCUGCACAGAAAGGGACGUGAUAGGACUCCAUCAGAAUCAAACAAGUUUUGCCAGUGAACAGGGUUUGGAGACAAGGAUUUUGCAGAGUUUUUACUCAGAGGAGGUUGAAAUGAUUCACUUCCACUUUCUGGAUUUGUUUUGAAUCAGGGAAACUCUUUUCAUUCUCAUUCCCCUGACUUUUGUAUAAAACAUUCUGUUUACGAUGUGUACAUGGAUAUAUCUGAUAUUUUAGCCGUGUUAUGAUGGAUAAUCCUCACUGGAGCUGUUCAUACAAAGGGCAAAUGUACAAAUAGACAUUCAAAAGGAGUAAAUAAAAGGAGAAGUGAGCAAACUUGGCUUGUUGGGAACAAACCCACAAGUUUGGGGGCAAUAUGGGGACAGUUGUAUGGACUGCUACUUACUGCUGGUCCAAUCUCUCACUUGUGGUGGAGAAAUGAGUCUCCUGGAAUGGAUUCGCUGCAGGAUAGGAACGCUGCAGAGACUCAUGACAGGUUUGCACAGGGCGAGGGAACUGCUCAUUCAUUUUCCAGCAGCUGAACAUCAGACCCUGCUGAGCACACAGCAACUCUGGAAGUGAAGCAGUGACGACUUCUGGAGCUUUGCAAUUCUUCAGCCUCCAACCCGGCGCUUGGAAGAUUCAAUGAUUAAUAAAUCCCCAGCCCCAACGGUUCUUGGAGAUGAAAAUACACAUGUUUAAGUAAUGACUCCAGCAGAAAUCAAACGAAUGGGCAAACAGAUGGAUCCAAGAGCAACAAGAUGGCUGCAAAACCAGACUGACAAGAAGGAUCAUCUUCAUUUCCACCUCGAAUCCUGCCAAGUGCCAUCAGUGAGGAACAGCUCUUCCAGCCUCUUCCACACUCUCCUGAGUGCUGCGACCACACAACGUCACAAACUGCCUCGUGCUUCAUGCACAUGCCCUCCUUAAACUUCCACUUCUCACUAUUCUUGCCGCCUUUAGACACAUUCCCUUGCUGCUGCCCCCCACAACCCUGUGGCACAGAGAAGGGGCAAUGACAGGAGCCUGCCUGGGAAUUUGGGGUUGCAAAACUCCACCAGCCCCAGGCAGCGGUCAUUGAAGGGAUAGGUGAAGCCAAGGGGUUUAAGACAAGGUGAGAGUAGGAAACUUCUUCCACCAACCCCACAGGAGCUGUGCUGCCAAUACACAAGAAGGUGCUACAAACCAGAGCCAAAUGGUGAUUUCUUCCCAGCUGCCAAGCCAAAUUCCACAUGAAAAUGAAACCAAAUAUCUCAAAAUGGUCUAAAAAGCUGAAUAAAGCAAGCAGAGACCUGCUCCAUACACCCCACGCACAAAAGUCUGUGUCAGGCUGUGAGCUACAGAAGUCAGCAUUUAACAAAGAAACAACAAUAACAAAGAUAUACAUAUGUGUGUGUGUGUGUAUAUAUAUAUCCAUGCUGCCCUUUUGUCCUCCAGGUUUUCUGCCCAAGGAUGUUGUAAGCAUGAGAUGUGCAGAGAAACGACAACUGUCUUCUCACAGACAACACUCAGCUUGAAACGUGGGAUAACCCCAGGGGUGUGCUCGGAGCCUCCAAUUCAAGCUGACAGUUUCCAGCCUGAAAUGUUUCUUGUGUGGCUUGUAGAGAACUAUCUCUUGAAAUAAAGGGGGAAAAUUCCCACCUCUUAUAAGUAGUGCCAACAACCGCAGCAGAGCCUGCCUGGGAUGCCCAAGCUGAUGGGAAUAUGCCAAGGAAUCAUUCAACAGUUGGAGACCAAUGCAAUAAACCCAAAAUGUUCUGUGUAGAUGGGUACAACAUGCCCAAACCCAGCUUUUCCUUUCUCCCAUCUAAGUUAUUUUGUUGGUGGAGGCAGGAACAGGGACAAGGCUUUUUGCACAUUGGGUCAGGUCCAUGUCCAUGCACAUGACAUGCAUCAGGCAUCGUUAGCUGGUUUCACCAGCCUCGAGAUGCUCUGUGCACACAACAGGCACAGAGAAGUCUUCUUCUGAAGACUGAAAAGCCUAAAACAACACAACCCCUGCCCAGGCUUGGAGAUGGGACACCUAAACAUCAGGUGAGCCCAGCCUCUGUGCCGCUUCCAGCUCUCCUUUCCAACAGGUCAGCUGUAACCCUGAGGUUUUCCUGUUUAUGAAGCCUGUUUUCCUGGUUUGUUGGCAGGUCUCUGAUCAGAAAUUCAAUUGCAAAGCAAGACGGUUUCUUUGUCUCUUUCCUGGCUCUCUGAAAUGCAGAAUAAUAGCAUUUGGAGAGAAUCAUUCAGCAGGUCUGCACAUCUCCUCCUUGGAGGCAUACAGAGAACUCCCACCAUCAUUAAAGGAGCUGCCUCAGCCCAAUUACAACGCACUCCAAGCCAAAACCAUUUCAGAAGGGAGCUCUGAAACCCACAUCCCAGCUUUUAGCCUUCUCUUUACCCCCAAUGGAUUGAUUAUAAGCUCAGGAUUGCUUCCUGGCACUCAGAAAUUGCUCUCCCCACCUAGCUCCCAAUAGGAGCAUUGGAGCAGCAAAUCCCUGUUUCUGUACAUACCUCAAGGUCUGCUCAAUUGCUCCAAAAUACACCAUUUACACCUUGUUUCACGUGUAACCAUUUCGCUCCCACCAGCUUAAAACAAAAAAACAGCAAAAGCCAAGCAAGAGCCUGCUUGCCCCAAAAAUCAGGCAGCUUUGGAAAUGUGGAAAUCAAAGCAAAGCAGCCAGUUUCGAUCCCUACUGGUUGUAGUGCUUGUAAUGGGAUUGCUGGUAGACACACAAAAGGCUGUUUGCUCACCACUUAUCUUUAAUCACAGAAUCAUGGGAUGGUUUGGGUUAGAAAGGACCUUAAAGCUCAUCCAGUUCCAAUGUGUGCAUCAUCAGCCAGAACUAUGUAAAAGGGCUUGGUUCACACCAUCCUGCCCCCAAAACCUGUCUCCAGCUGAAUCAUGAGUACAGCAGUUCUAGCACAAAGUUUAGCAGGCAAAUAGCCCCAAUGUUCCCAAAACACCAUCUCUGCUGGCACCUGAAUCACACUCAUCAGUUAAACACAGAGUUGUGGCAUCCCAGGGGAGGGACAGUGAGUCCCGAGAGCAGCUGAGGAUGAGAAGCCACUCUCGGGUGUCUCUGCCCUUAAACUUUCCAUCCCACACAAAGAUUCUGUGCAAUAUGAUACAGACAGGGCCAGGAGGGGAUGAGAUGUGCUCUGAUGUACGUCUGGGGUUUGGUAUUUGGUGUGUGGGGCAGCUAAUAGGAGCUUGGUGUGAAGUUCUUCCCAUAGUAGCAUCUCUACAGAGAGAAAGUCCAAACCUCCUCCACAAAACAGCCUCUCUCCGGUCAGUGGCUUUGUCCAAAUGGAUUUUCAUAAAUAAAUGUUUCUUUUGUGAGA